CCACAACCUAGAUCGCCAUUCCAGACGCUCAGUCGUAUCGCGAACAUGCGCGUGUGAGCUCGAUUUGUUGUUUCACGCAGACAAAGCGUUCGAAAGUAGAUUUCUAUUUGGGCUUUUUUUUUCCAACGACAUAUUUUCUCCUCAAGAAUAGGCGACAACUUUAUGCGGCAGUCGAACGGUACUCGCGGUGAGUUAAAGAGGUUUGCUUGACAGCUAUACACGUUCGGCGACUUUCGCGUAGGAAUUGUCUAAGAGUGUCUUCUAUAUAAAGUCAAGAAUUAUGGUGUCAAAAAAACUUUAUCGCUUCCUCCUCGACAUGAGCAUUGAAGGUAACAAAGGGUCUCCGAGCGUCAUUACGCUCGCUUUUUCGAUAUUGACGCAUUUUCUACUCGUGGCUCCUGUGAUAUAUAUCCUGGUAGUCGCUUUUGGACACUACAGUUUCUUCUCUUGGCAUCCGAUUUGCAUGUCUGUUGGGGUCGGUCUGCUGAUCACAGAGGCUGUCUUCAGCAUCUCCGGUGAGGCGUACAUUGCUUCGAGGCUACCCAGGCGUAACCGAGUGACGAUACACUGGAUUCUACACACGAUAGGUCUAACCAUAAUCGGGAUCGGUUUCAUCAUCAUUAUCGUCAACAAGAUAAACAAUGAUAGAAAGCAUUUCGCCACGACUCAUUCACAAUUGGGCUUGGUAACGAUUAUACUGUCCGUUCUGACCGCCACUUUCGGAAUCCUGGCCAACAACACGGUAUGGAUAUAUCCACAAAUAAGACCAGUGCUCAUCAAGGUCGCUCAUGCCUGCGGCGGCAUCGGCAUGAUUAUACUUUUACUGGCGACUCUCAUCAAUGGAACCUACACCAAGUGGUGGCCCGGCACCGUCACGGGAAGAGACUUGAUCUUUGCAUCAUUAUUUUUCGCGGGCGUUUUAAUACUCGUGAAACCGAUACUCGGCGCUUUCUCGAGGUGCAGAGUCGUAUUUGGACCACCCUCGAGUGAUACGUAAGGGUGACGAAAGUCUGAUGUCUGAUCGCGCCGCACCUCGAGAGAAACCAAUUGCGAGAAGUCGUCGCCCUGAGAAACAAAAUAUACUUGAUCGAUCGAAUUAUAUCGAAAAACUAACGAUUAUAAAAAUUGGGUGUCUUGUGUUCUUGAUGUAAUCUUCGUAGAAUACCCAAUGGAAUAGCGAGAAGCCAAAGAUCGUAGAACUAAUCUUGUUAGCUGAAUGUUAUGCCUCACCGAUACCAUCGGGAAAUGUUAUUCAUUGAUAUGAAUAAUAAAGAAAAAAAUACCACGUUCUAUACCAACGAUCAAUCAAUUAUGGCGAAAAAACCCGGUAGCGCAUCGUUGAUACCACAUGAAUAACAAUACUUUAUUGAUUACACACGCAUCAUAUACAUUUAUCUCACACAUUAUAAAUUUAUACAUAUAUACGCGUACGCACGUGUAUGUAUUUUUGUGUGUGGGUGUGCUAUAUAUAUUUUUUAUAAUACAAUGUACAUGUAUAUAUAUAGUAAAACACAACGCGCGUAUUUAUUUGAUAUUUCCACAUAUCUUUAUAUAUACUUUACUUCACAUAUUAACAUGUAAUAACUUUUCUGAAUCGUUAAUAAUUUUUGUCUGAGUUC